AUGGACGGGUCUGCGCGAUCGUCAUUUGAUCCCUCGCGACUCACCAAAGCCGCCGCCGCAGAAUACUCCUCCUCCGCGUCUGAAUCCGAAGAUGAGUACCUCGCGCCUGGACUCGACGCCGACAACGACUUUGGAGACUUCAACCCUCGAAAACGGCGGCGCGUUGGAGGCAACAACAAGGAAAAGGCAGCGCUGGGUAUCUUCGGCUCCGACAGCGAGGACGAUGGCCCCGCUAGGAAAUGGAAGAAGACGACCCUGAGGAACAAAGGCAUGAAUUUUGUUUCAACGGGCGCGGGCAGCGACAAAGAAGAAGAUGCCCAAGACGAAGAUUCCGAAGACAACCGACCAGUUUUAGGAGGCAAUGCCAUGGACGAAGAUGACGACGAGGACGAGGAAGAAGCGCGCGGUGUAGGACUUGGAUUUGGAGCAGCAAGAGCUUUCGGGCGCAACGACGAUACGCAGAACUCGAGUCGAAGUGGGAGCGCCGACGCGCCAUCAUUCCCGACCUUUCGAACCCGUUUCGAUGGAAAGAAUCCCCUCGGCAUGGGCUUUGUUCCAUCCUCUGCAAACGAGCCGGUGCUCAAAAACCCACAGAACGAUGGCUCUCCAACGCCACGUAACAAGCCUCAACCGAGCGCCUUCGGUGCCAAGGGAAAGGUCAAUCCCAAGUCUUUUGGUGCUCGAAUGAUGGCAAAGAUGGGUUACAAGGAGGGGCAAGGUCUGGGUAAAGAGGGCCAGGGACGAAAUAUCAUCAUCGAGGCACACCUUCGUCCACAAGGCAGAGGUCUAGGUGCUGUCAAAGAAAAGUCGGAACAGGAGCGUCAGGAGGAGAAGCGACAAGCGCAGCUACGGGGCGAAGUUGUGGUUGAUUCCGAUGAGGAGGAAAAGAAGAAGAGACGGAAGAAGGCAAAGGCCAAGUCACUUGGGGCUGCGUUCGACAGCGCAGCUAGUACGCCGCGACGUCAGAAACCAAAGUACCUUACUGCAGAAGAGCUCAAGGCCGCUGCCCCUGGCCUUCAUAUCCCAGAUGCAUUCGCCCCAAUCCUCGACAUGACAGGGCCGGGUAGCAAGAUGCUGACAUCAACGAGCGGCAUCAUGACACCAACUACGGGUACGGCGACACCAGAGUCUUCGGAGGUUAUCGAGGCAAAAAAGCUAGUCAGGAGAGCUCAGGCCGAUCUCUUAGCCUUUUCCGACGAGUGGAAGAGCUUGCAGGAGAGAAAGACAUGGAUCGACUUGGAGCUGAAGGAGAAGGAACAAGAGAUGGACGAUCUACGGUCAGACUUUGAGAGGUUGCAGGUAUUCUCACAACUUGUCAACGGAGAGCUUGCAACAGCCGACUGGGGCCAGGUCAUCAGUUGUCUACAGAAAGCCCUCGAACUCAAGGCCGCAACCGCCGAGAUCACCGACAUCGCAGUUGCAGCCAUCCAUCCGUUCCUUCGGGAGGCAGAUUGGGAUCCUCUGAAGGAACCUACCCGGUUCGCUUCAGAGCUCAAAGGCCUACUACCCCUAUUUAUGCCGACAAAAUCAGACCACCAAUCUCUGGGCAAGUGGCAGUCAUCGGCGGUGAAUGAAGACGAUGUUUAUCGCCGCCAUCACAAGUCUACAACUCCAUACGAGAGUAUGAUGUACAAGAACUGGCUUCCCAAAGCCCUCGCUGCGGUUCGUUCUUGGGAUGUCCUUGACCCAACACCCAUGCUCAGCAUCUUGGAGGCUUGGGAUGAUCUUCUACCUCCCUUUAUCCGCGCGCAGUUCAUCGACAACAUCGCUCGAAAGUUGGAGACGGCAGUGUCGGAUUGGAACCCAAAGAAGAGGCGUCAAAGCCAUCUCCCGCAUAUUUGGUUGUUCCCCUGGCUUCAGUACUUGCCAUCAUAUCAUCUGGAUCCCAAGGGCACUGGCCUUGUGGCCGAUGUCAGAAGAAAGUUCAGACAACUCAUCGAUGUAUGGGAGUUUGAGCGAGGCCUCUUCCCAGGGCUCACUGACUGGGAGGGUGUUCUUGGAGACCAGUGGCGUCCGCUUGUCAUGUCGCACGUCCUGCCGUCCAUGGGCAAGUACCUACGUCGGAAUUUCCGCGUGGACCCUGCCGAUCAGGAACCUUACCUGCCGGUGCUGACGGGAAUCCUCAAGUGGACGCCCAUGCUGGGUAGACGGGUCAUCGCCGAGGUGCUCAUGCAACACUUGUUCCCCAUGUGGCACAAGAAGUUGACGGAGUGGCUCGCCCUCGACGAGGCUGACUUGAGCGAGGUGGCCGAGUGGUAUGGAUGGUGGAGGGGUGUUUUGCCCCAGGAGGUCGCCGAGAUGAGAUCCGUAAAGUCCGAGUUUGACAAGGGACUACGGGUGAUGGCCAAGGCGGUUGCAGGAGCAUAA